AUGAUGUGGCGUGUACGCCACACGGAUGGAAAAGCUGAGAGCUCAGCUGAAUACGGCUCAGGGACCUCAUCAGCGUCAUUCACGAAACUUGAGAACAUCUUGGAUGACAAUGGCGAGGGAACGAGUGAAAGAGAUACUGGGGCUCGCACAUCCAGAGAAGACGGGGCAACUAUGUAUCUAAGGGAGAAGAAAAAGCCGCCAAGUGCAGAUGAGAGAAGUCCCAGAUUUACCAUUAACUGGGAUCUCUUCGCUACGUUAGCCGGCUUUUGGGAAGAUUCCGCAAUGGACAACAUCGACGAAGAAUAUGACCGGCUUGUUGAACACCUUCACAACUGCACGAAGAAGGCUGAGAGUUCUAAAAGCACCAAGAGAUGCCUGUCUUUUGAAACUUCGGAGCUGACACGCCAGCGUGGAGCAGAACGAGCCGCAGGGAACCAAGAACUCACGUCCGAGCUCAGGAAAAACACCCGCUAUACCCGUCGAGACGUCGCCAGUCGCAAGACGAGGAUGACUGCUUCUAAGAGCCCGAAGGGAACAACCAUUGCAUCGAGAAAAGGAAUGGAGAAAAUCGUCUACGACUUCUACUCUGAUUUCUUCAACAGCCAUGUCCAUUUGCCACAUCUGAGGAAAGACGGACAUGUCAUUCCAGAGGUUCUUCCGCCCGAAGUACGGCAUGCUAUCAUGUCGGUAAGAAAUCGUACGGCACCUGGUUCCGACAGAAUAAGACCAGAACACCUGAAGAACCUUACUCAUCAACACUCUGGCGAGGCUAUUUACACGUUACCUGUGUGA